AGGGUGUCAAGCAUCCUACCCCUCUAGGACCCUUUCAAGAUGGCGUUGACAGUAGGGACGAGGGUCGUCCGUGGACCAGACUGGAGAUGGUCCGAGCAAGAUAAUGGUGAAGGUCACCUCGGCACCGUGAUCACCAUAGGAAAGACUCUUUCGAACUCAGUACAUAAGAAGCUCGCUGUGGUCUGCUGGGACAUGGGGACGGCCGCUGACUACCGGGCCGGCUUCGAUGACAAGUACGAUCUCCUCAUCUACGACAACGCGGCUGCUGGUGUGAAGCAUCGCGGUAUCCAAUGUGAUGAAUGCAAGGACGUUGAUAUUGCUGGAAUUAGAUGGAAGUGCAGUUUAUGCUAUGACUAUGAUCUUUGUAACAAAUGUUACAUGACGGCCAAACAUGAUCUGAAGCAUACCUUCCUCAGGAUAGUCGUUCCUAACACAGCCGGAAAGCUGAUGCCUCCUCGAGCAGGCAGUCGAAAGCUCCAAGCCAAGGGGAUGUUUCCUGGUGCCAAGGUGUGUCGAGGAAGAGACUGGAAGUGGCAGCAACAGGAUGGUGGUUCAGGAAAUACAGGCGUGAUGAUUCGAGGGGGAUCUUGGGCCAACAUCGAGCGCAGUGCCAUAGCAGUUCGAUGGGACGCCGGAGGAGCUUAUGAAUAUCGUCUAGGGCAUGAUGGGAAAGUCGACAUCAAGUGUGUCAAGGCUUCCGCGGGGCAUGAUUAUUACAAAGACCAUCUGCCUAAAUUUGGUGAACUCACUGGAUUGGAAGUCGGUGAUCGAGUGGCUGUGAAGUUGGAUGAAGAAGUUCUCAAGGCGCUUCAAGAACACCACGGAGACUGGGUUUCAGGGAUGGAAAAGUACAUAGGAAAGGUGGGUCGGCUAAUGAGUCUUACACCAAGAGGUGACGUCAGAGUCAAGUACCCGGAUGGAAAGAUAUGGAUUUUCAACCCUGUUGCAGUCACCAAGUUGCCAUCCUUCAACACUGGGGCAAAAGUACGUGUAAUGUCCGACCAAGCAACGGUGAAGGAGCUGCAGAAAGAACAUGGAGGAUGGAACAGCAAAAUGUCAAAGGCUCUUGGGGAAGAAGGGCGUGUUCUUAACAUUGAUGCUGAUGGUGACGUCAAGGUCAAUGUAGGUGGAGGAUUCUGGACCUUUAACCCGGAAGCAUUAAUCUUGGUAGAACAAGGAAGUGGGUCAGAAGGCAUAUUUGAACAAGAUCUCAGAUCAGAUCUGAUGGCCCUUUUCCUGAAGAAACUCCUUGACCCCCUUGGUCUGGUCGAUACAGAUGAUUUCCGAAAGAUGGUAGCUGAAGCAGAAGGCACGUCUUCAAGCAGUGGCGGAGAAGUGACUGCUCAAAGUGCCAAGGAAUUCAUCAAGGGUGUGUUGGAAGGCGACGUUAAACGUGUUGCUGAACUUCUCCAAAAGAACAAAGGAUAUGUUAACAUAUCGGUGCAAGAGAAUACGCCCCUACAUCUCGCCGCCUACCAAGGUCACUACCAGGUCGUCGAGUUACUCGUAAAGAAUGGAGCAUCGCUCGAUGAUAAGGAUGAUGAUGGCGACACUCCCCUAGCAGAUGCUGUCCAUCAGGAUAAUCAGCGAAUUGUGAAGUAUAUGCUGGAACGUGGCGCCGACCCCAACACCACGAAUACAAAGGGUGGAAGAAGCCCUCUUCAUAUCGCUACAUCCAAGGGCAAUACUCAAUGUCUGAAACUCUUGCUUGCAAAGGGUGCCAAUCCAAAUAAACAAGACGAUGUCGGAGACACCCCACUUCAUGAUGCCAUCCGUAAGACCCAUAAAGAAAUUACAGAAUUGCUUAUAAAUGCAAGGAACGUCGACUUGAAGAUAAAGAAUAAAAAAGGGUUCAAUCCUCUGCACCAUGCCGCUUUGACCAACAACGCACAUGCUACUCGUCAUCUGAUCAAGAAGCAACGGUCUUUGGUUGACAUUCGAAAAGAUGAUGGGUAUGCGGCCCUUCACUUGGCAGUCCAUAACGACCACCUGAAUAUCGCUGAAAUACUUAUAACAGAGGGGCGUUGUGCCAUUGAUCUAUAUAACGAACAGCACCAAACGCCCUUAGUGCUCGCCGUCGCCAAAGGUCGCAGUGCCAUUGUCGAAAGCCUGAUCGAGCACGGUGCCGAUGUCAACUCUUCGGAUGGUGAUGGCGAUACUUGCCUUCACAUUGCUGUGAUGAAACAUCGACAAGGACAGGAUAUUUCUGAUACAGACACACUCAAACAGUUCCGCAAGAAAUAUCGUGACAACGGGAUAACCAAGCCCCUGACUGCCCUCAUGUGUUAUCUUGUACAAAAAGGCGCAAACAUUGGCCAAACUAAUCUCAAGAAGCACACACCACUCAACUAUUUGAAAGAAGCUGCUGUUCGUAAAGUUCUGGAACACAUCUCUCGCAAGUUGAAAAGAGAGGAGACUGGUGACAGCAGCUUUGUCAACAUUCAAGGACCAGAGGGUGAAGGGAGGAAGCCCUCUACGUCCAGUAAUGAGAGCAGUGUUGACAACCGAGAUCGCAAUGACCCGACAAAAUCACCAAGAGGCUCACAAUCAGAUGAUUUCAGUGGAGUACACGUCAUUGAGGAUCCGAAGAACGAGGUUAAGCUGAUGGAGAUGAUCGGGAAAGGUGGAUUUGGUGAAGUUUGGAAGGGCAACUGGAGGGGUACACCUGUGGCCAUUAAGAUUCUUACCACAGAGGGGAGUCAAGAAUCUGAAGUUGAGCAGGAGGUUGCUGUCCACAAACGUGCCCUUCAUCCAAACAUCGUUCAACUGAUGGCAGUUGGUCAUCAACGGAGUCCAUCAAACUCUAUGAUUGUUAUGCAACUCAUUAAUGGGAGUGAUCUUAAUACAAUCAUUUUCAAGGAAGGUAAUCCGUAUGAUUUCCUGACCAAGGUCCGGUUGUCUAGGGACCUUCUCUCAGCCAUCACCUUUCUCCACCACUGCAAUAUACUUCACCUUGAUAUCAAACCACAGAAUGUUAUGGUUGAAUCAAGUACCAAGAAGCCAUAUUUGUGUGACCUUGGUCUUGCCCACAUCAAGUCGAGGUCAACAAUGUCAUGUCAUACUGCUGUGCCUGCAAAAGGUACAUUCAUGUACAUGCCCCCAGAAGCCUGCACGGCUAUUGGUGGAGAUAUGUCUGCAUCAACGGCGUCUGAUGUCUGGUCCCUCGCCUGUACAUUCAUCGAGCUCUACUUGGGAGAAUCAGUCUGGCCCAGGACCAUGCAUCAGAUGGCCCUGCUUGGUAAGUUCAUGAGUGAUGACGUGGUCCCAGCCAGUGUGAAGAAUCUCAAACCAGAAAUCAAGAAGGUUCUAGAGCCUUGCUUCCAGAAGGAGUCAUCCAAACGUCCGUCGGCGGAAUCGCUCAUGCAACAGUUCAGUGGGCUCAUCUAAACAGAGCGUUAUCAUGACCGCACAUGGUGACUCAGUGGUAGAGCAUCCGCCUUAUGAAGGGAAGGUCGUGGAUUCGAUCCCCGGCCGAACCAUAUCGAAGACAUUAAAAAUUUGACUUUUACCUUCUUGUUAGGCGCUCGGCGUAGUAGAAUGGAGAAGGGUAAUAAUAUGAUUAAUGUUAUACAGAACCCGCUGGGGGGAAAAGGUUCGUAAGAGCUAAGGGGCUACCCAGGGUAAGUUAUGAUUAUAAAUACUAUAGUUAUAAAAAUAAGUUGAUUGUAGACCGCAUUAUUGUGGGAUGCCUCUUGUCAACUCCUUCAACAGGCAAACAGUGCUUAACUUCCAGCUGAAAAUUUUCAAAGAAAAUUAUUCAUUAUCAUCAUGAGUGAAGAAUUAACUCUUUAGCACAAUGCACUUUGUCAUGUAUGUUAAGGAAGGGAAACUUUAGCAUCCCAAGCGAAAUUGUAGCAAAUAAAUUUCUCAAUCAUACGAGAUUCACUGCAUUUGCAAAUUAAUUUUUACUUUGAUCUACCAGUAUCAUGAAAUAUCACGUUGGGGUUCACUAAUGAAAAUUGGCGCAUGUAUAUAUUGCAUUGUUAUUUCUCAAAGAAUCGUAAAUUUAAGGAACAUAAGUCAUAUUUUGUAUUACUAUUUGUAAUAUCUUGCAUUUUACUUAUGUAAUGUAUUAAUUCAUGUCAGAAAUAAUAAUUUGUAUUGCAGAUGUUCAUAAUCAUCAAAAUAAUUUCAUGCGAUAUUCUAAGGUGUGUUAUGUCCGAUUUUGCUUGAUGUAUUUGAAUGUUCACCCUAAAACGACCUGAAAUUUACUUCUGAAACUAUAUAUAUGGUGAUAUGAUAUGUUUGACAUAUUUUUGCAUAUUUUAUUCAGAUCAGCAUUUUCGUUCAUGGGAUUGUAAUAAGAAGCAUUCUUGUGUCUGAGAAAUAGCUUCAUUUAAAGAUGUAUAUUAUAUAUAAUACCAUGCAUAUCUUAUACGUAGUUUUAAUAAUG